AUGAAGUCCGGCCCAAACACCAGAAAGUCGAAUGCCCUCUGUGAAUUCCAUCAGGAACGAGGUCACAAGACCGAGGACUGCAUCACCUUAAGGCAAGAGGUAGUGAACAUGCUCCACCAAGGGCAUUUGAGAGAAUUAAUGAGCGAGCGAGGAAGAGCGAACUUUGCUCGAGGACGAGAACAUCAUCAAGGACCGCCGAAGCCACCCUCCCCAACCCGCACCAUCCAAAUGAUCAUCGGUGGAGGCGACGAGGCGUCAAUCAACAAUGUAAAGUUCACAACCACCCAUAAGAUGAAGCGAUCAAUCACCAUGAAAGAUACCGAUGUAAAACGGAUUAUGGUAGAUGACGGAAGCAGCAUGUGCAUUAUCCACCCUCGAGUCCUCACACAAAUGAGGCUUGAAGAUAAGAUAGUGCCACGCUGCAUCACACUAACGGGUUUUAACAAUGCAGUUGAGCGGACUUCCGGAGAAAUCACACUACCUGUUCUGGCCGGUGUAUCGUCCUAG